AUGACGCCAAACGUAGAAGUGCGUUCGGCGGCGGGAAUACGACAGCGGCUUGCAGCGGAACGUGGGCCAGCUGGCAAAAUGACGUCACAGAUCAGAAGCAAGCUGCCGGUACACAGGCCAAAGUACCGAGUACACGGGACGGGAUGGUCAUUGCCAGCAGGUGGGGCUUUCUUCCACUCGGACGGCAGUCAAGAAGACAACAAUCAACUAACUUCAGUCAGAGUCAGAAUGGACACAGAUCUGAACUCCACAAUCUCCGCCUUCCUGUCAAAAUGUGAGGAUCACCACCUGUUCCGGUUGACGAGAUUCUACAUGGAGCGACUGGAGCAGGCGAUUGAGGAGGGUCUGGAGGGAGUCGGCUCCAUGUUAAUGGGCGAGGAUCACUUCACCGGGCGAGAGUAUCACGGCGUGACUGAGCUCGCGGAGAAGGGAAACCGAGCGGGCGCUUCCAAACUCCUCCUGGAUCUGGUGAUGGAGAAGGGCUCCGGGGCCCGGAGGGUGAUGUGGGAAUCCUUUGUGAAACUACAUCACCAUUUACCGAAGCUGAGCGGAAUAUUGAAUGAAAUACGGGAACGAGGUGACGGGCAGUUCGUCUACAUGGACCGUAAGCGGAGUUUACCUGAAAUGCCCAAGCAUCUGAAAG